CCGUUUUGUGAACCGCGCGUUGGAGUUGCCCUUCAUCCGCUGCUGUCCGCAUCCUCUGGCUCGUAGUCGUAGGACACGGACCCGGCUUCAGCCCGGCACGUCCUUCUCCACCGCGCAUCCCAUCUCCUGGCGAGCGGCCGGUCACCGGCAGCCACAUCGCCGUCCAUCGCCUCCGCCGCGCCACCGAGUCGAUUGUGUCAAACAGAUCCCCAAUUCGCCGCAUCCGACUUGAUGGACGACCGCCGAAGAGGCGAGCGGGAGGUGAACCGGUGGCAUACAGGUCCUGAGGAGGCGCGUGAGAGGGACUCCGGCUCCUCCUCCCCGGCUGCCAUCCUCCUCUUUGCCCUCAUCGGCGCCACUGUCACCACCGCUGCUGUUGGUCAACUGCGCCGCACCUUUGGCUGGUUCUACACUCAGCUUAGCAGAUCAGAACCAUAUGUCUACUGGGAAGACAUACCUCGUGGGCCGAAUAGGUGUGGUGAUGCGUGGCGAUAUUACCGGAGGACGCGUGAGACGAACGAGGAUCAGAGGAAGAGAGUGGAACGCAUCAUGCACAUGCAAGAUAUGUUCAAGAAGGAGAGAAGUAAAUGCCGGGAUUAUCGGACUCGCAAUGGCCAUAAUCCAACCUAUAAUCAGCAUAGUCGAAGAGAAGACUGGUAUGAAGAUGCAGAAACAUUUUAUGCCAAUCGAAGAACAAAUUUUAGAUCAAGGCCCAGGGAAGCUAUGCAGUACAGUAUGUCACAUCACUAUUCUGUCUUGGGCCUAAACAGGUCAAGACCAGAACCAUUUUCAGAUGCUGAGAUUAAGAAUGCGUUUAGGAGAAAAGCAAUGGAAUACCAUCCAGACCAAAACCAAAAGAACAAAGCGGUUGCUGAGGAAAAAUUCAAAGAGGUCAUGGAUUCUUACGAAGCAAUAAAAUUAGAAAGGCAAAAUGGAAGUUGCUGAGCAAACUCAUGAUGCGGGACUUGCAUCUUGGCGUUUGACACAAAGAUAAAAUAUGUCCAAAAAUCCCUUCUAUUUUGUAUCUUAUUGAUUUAGUACGUAGCAACAAAUGGCCCUUUUGUUAUGGGCUCUGAUCCUCUAGCUGGCCGGUUAACUAUGUUUUUUUUUAAAUUGAGUUAACUAUGGGCCCGGUUAACUAUGUUUUUUUAAUUGAGUUAACUAUGGUUCAAGACAAGCUGA